AUGACUCUCUCCAGUGAAUUUGAAUCUUCACAACACGCCGCCCUGCCUCUAGAGGAGGAUGAGAUUGACAUAGUGGGCGAGGAUAGGUCUACCCACGGGCGUUUAUAUCGAAAUGAGUGCUCUACGGACGCAGGCUCCUCAGCAGAAUCUGGUGCUGAAUUUGACUCUUCAGAGCCGGACUCAUCGGGGGAGAGUGAGAACAGUUUCUGCGCAGACGCACCGCCGUCCAGGAAAGCCCAGAGCAGCUCGGUAAAGCCCCCCUACUCCUACAUUGCCCUCAUCACCAUGGCCAUCCUGCAGAGCCCGCUGAAGAAGCUGACGCUGAGUGGCAUCUGUGACUUCAUCAGCAACAAAUUCCCCUACUACAGAGACAAGUUCCCCGCUUGGCAGAACUCCAUCAGGCACAACCUCUCCCUCAACGACUGUUUCAUCAAGAUCCCGAGGGAGCCUGGGAACCCGGGCAAAGGCAACUACUGGUCACUGGACCCAGCCUCAGAAGACAUGUUCGACAACGGCAGCUUCCUGCGCCGAAGGAAGCGGUUUAAGAGAAACCAGCCAGAGUUCAGCAAAGACGGACUUAUGUUUUAUUCCAGCUUGAACUGCUACCGGCCGUACGGGCAACCAUAUUGUGUACGGGGCCAGGUAAGCCCCCCGACCACUGCUCCUAUCCGGUACAUGCCCCUGCAGGAGGGCAUCAUGGUUCCUCCCUCUUCCUAUCACCUUCUACCACAGACUCUGAACAACCACGGAAAGUGCAGUGGGCCUAAAGACUUCAGUGCGCAGCUUUGCGCAACAGAACCCGCUGAGCCAAAGCCUGGCCCCAAGGCAAAGUGCUCCUUCAGCAUCGACAGCAUCAUGAGCAAACCCUCCCCCGUCGCUCCUCAGAACCCGAAUCCACAGCAGAGCCAGCACAGCGCUCUCGGAUACGGUCAUCUCGUGUCGGGCCCCGCUGCCUGUUUGGUUCCGACGCUCCUGCAGACUCCCAGGACUCCAUUCUGCCCCCCUGCCAUGCUGAGCACUGCUCCUUUAAUAAAUGAGCAUCUCAGACUCUCUUACCCUCGCUGCUGA